CCGAAAUUCUCGAUAGUGUCAUUUUUGGACUUGAGCAAAACUUCGGCAUAUCUAGCUGUGGUGUAGCGGCGGCAAGGAGUUGAUUCAUAAAUUUUGGGACUAAAUGGCUACCACAAAGCAGUAAAACAGGAGGCGGGACGAUGUCUGUGGAGGUGGACGUGAUGCUGCAGGAGGCGAAAGAAAGCAUCGAGGCGGCCCAGAACUACCGCAGUGAACUCCAGCAGCGCCUGCACGGCCUCAGCCAGGCCCGCAAACAGGUCCGGGGCAGCUCAGGUCAGGCCCGCGAGGCCCUCCGGCGCCACUUCACGGAGCUGCAGGCGGCGGCGAGUCAGUUGCUGACGGAGCGUUUGGCCGCCCUGCUGGCCGAGGUGGACGCCAUCGAGGCGGACAGCAUCAAACCUCUAGAUGACUGCCAGAGCCUCAUUGAGCACGGGGUGGGCCAGGCUGACGAGCUGCUCAGAGAAGGGGAAGCAGCUCUGCGUUGUGGUCUCGGGGAGAAGGAGGACAAACUGGGGAGUUUCACCAAGAAGGCCAUGCACAUCCAACUGGACAGUCUUCCAGAGGUACCAGCGUUGGUGGACGUGCCGUGUGUUUCCGCCCAGCUGGACGACUCCCUGCUGGGUCUGCUGAGGGACCGGGUGACCCGCCUUGGCUCCGUCUCCUCCCACCCGCCCGUACAGAUAGAAGAGCUGCAGGAGAGACCGGGUGGCACGCUGGUCCGCUGGUGUAAGGUGGAUGAGGACUUUGCAGCGGCGGAAUAUCGGCUGCAGUACCGGCGAUCUGGCAGCGGGGGGAGCCAGUACGAGGACGCAUACAUAGGUCGGGAGUGCGAGUUCCUGGUUCUCCACCUUGACCCUCACAAUGAUUACCUGUUCAGGGUCUGCGCCCGCGGGGAGGGUCGCACCGAGUGGAGCCCCUGGAGCAUCCCCCAGACGGGUUACACCACACUGGCACCCCAUGAGUGGUGUCCAGGCACUGAGGGCUACAUCCUGAGCAGCAGGCGAAACAUCGCUCUACGCAGUGACUCCUCCCAGUCGCGCUGCCCCGUCCUCUACUCCAACGCGCCCACCUACUUCUGUGGCCAGACGCUCACCUUUAAGAUAUCUGCAGCAGGCCAGAUGGAUCGGAGGGACAGUCUGGGUGUGUGUGUGGACAGCGGGAGGGGGGAAGAGUCACUUCAGAGAGACCAGGCCGUCUGCAUUUCCACCAACGGUGCAGUAUUCGUCAACGGUAAAGAGAUGACCAACCAGCUGCCGGCCAUCACCGUGGGCUCUGCCGUCACCUUCGACAUGGAAGUGGUGAACCUGUUUCCCAUCAGCAACAACAACCUGAGCGAGGGGGGCAACUUCAAGCUGAGGGUCACCAUUGGCUCAGGGAACCGGGAGGUGGUGUUUGAUUGGCUGGUGGACCAGGCGGUGGACUGCCUCUUCUUCGGCUGCUCUUUCGUCCACUACGGCUGGAAAGUGCUGGUGUUUUAACGGAUCCUUUUCACUCUGCUGGUGUCGAGGAGCUUGUCCCCGCAGGCUCGGCCGUCUCGAGUUUAAUACGGCGCAGAGUCUGGAAACAAUCAGUCAAUUCAUCCCAGAAUUUCUUCAACAGCCGUUAAGUUCCAAGUUAGCAGCAAUGACAGGAAGGGCUUAGCCCCCAGGGUAUGCGUACAGGCUCUGACACACCACCCCCACCGCCGAACUUACCGCCUCCUGGAGUUGGUCAGAAGACUGCCUCGGAACACACCGACGCGGCGCCGACUUGGGCUGGCGUUCUGCGUGCGCGAGACGAAAAACGUCUCCAUAACAACGGGCGGCGCCAAUCUGUAUUUUCACCCCAAAAAAAUUCUGUUGUGGCUUCUCCAGAAUUUCAAAACUGACCACAACGGCGGAAUGUUCAUGAUACGAUCUCGUAUUUUACGAAUAUAGUUCACCGAAACGUGUUUCUGAAAACAUUUUAAGGAGAAAUCUGCCGUGCAGUCGCUGACUCUGUCAUUUUUUCAAAUCGACAAAGGUCAGUUUAAAAGAUUUUUUUUCCGAUUUUGAGAAACUGUAGUCAGUGACCGACCUCGCCAGACUGUCCGACGGCCGGUCAUCGGGUUGGUGUGUCAGAGCCUUAACCUUCGCAACGAGACGAGUUGAAACAUGCAACUACUUUCAACUCUGAAACCUGCCAGUUUACACCAAUGCGACGAAAGGGAGACAAUGUAUUAUCUCCAUAGCAACGACUUUCGACUUUUUCUGUACCGGAUUAUAUAUAUAUCUGAAAAAGUGAUAGUGAGAUGCUUUGCUAAAGUGGAUGAUGAAUCGGCAAAUGCGUUUUAUUUCUCUGGUCAGUCACUCUCUAUCUCGCUCGUCCACCACUCCUUACCGUGCUCGCGGGUGCUCGUCACGCCCGUCUGCCAUUUUGACCCGUUGACCAUAGGCGCCGAUACCGCGGUUGCUCCGGAGCUCGAGCACCCACGGAAAAUACCGAGCACCCACGCGAGCCAGACUGCCGGUAGGCUACAUUUAUUUACAUUUACGUGUCAGUUUAACUUCUCAUCUCCAAUCCUAUCAGUAUUUGGGAGUGUUGCUGUCCUGAGUUGACAGAUGUCUACUUUACAGCUUUGCUGUCGAGUUAAUGGGCGUGUGUGUUCAUCAUCGGCCGCUGUCCGUUUUCUAAGGUUCUGAAAUACAAACAUUAUUUGACUAAUUUCUUCUUUUUUUUUAAAGGCCGUGCGCCCGUGAGCACCCACGGAGGAAAACAUAAAUCUGAACAAAACUGCAUAAAACACACACACACACACACACACACACACACACACACACACUACACACCCGCACAGAGAUGAAUGGGGAUGGAAGAUUGAUUCAUUGUAGUGAGUGAUACAGAGUGCACUGUAAAGAAAUCUUAAUCAAAUUAUUAUUUUUCCUAUUAUUACGGGGAGCUUAGGAACAUUU